CGACUUUAGGCUGAUCUCCACAGACACAGAGGUUUAGCUGUGACCGUCACAAUUAUGAUCGCGACCGUCGUGUAACCUGAUUGUUCAGAAAGUGAUGGGCACCUGAAGCUUCGCGACCUCGCGCAAUCAAGAACAAAAGCAUCGAAGAGCGCCAUUCGUGCUGUUGGUGUGUUGCAAUGGGUCCAGACGGUGUGCUUUUCGGCGCCACUAGAUUGGCGAACUCGAGCUUCGGAAUCGGUUUCGUGGGUCCUAACACUUCCACUACAAGGAAUUCAACUGCAAUUCUUGCUUCAAGGAAUUCGGGGAAUUUUGGUAGAAUCUCUUUCUUGAGUAGAAGCUGCAGAUUUUCAAAAAAUGGGGGCGCAUUUUUCUGCGGGCGCAGUACGAAGAAUUUCGAAGUUCGACAGGUUUCGGGAAGGCCGGUCUCUUUUCUUCCGCAAGCUAAGGAGAAUAUGGAUUAUGUGAAGGAUAACUGGCGACAGAUGCUGAAACUCAAUCACUGGGUCGUUCGUGAUUACUACAAGCUGGUCGAAGCUGUGAAUAGUUUAGAAUCUUCAAUUCGAGCUCUUACAGAUGAACAGCUACGUGGUAAGACGGAUGAAUUUCGGCAGCGUCUUCAAAAUGGAGCAACUUUAGAUUCCAUCCAAGCAGAAGCCUUUGCGGUCGUUCGUGAAGCAGCGAGACGUACCUUGGGAAUGCGACAUUUUGAUGUGCAGAUUAUUGGUGGGGCAGUGCUGCACGAUGGAGGCAUUGCGGAGAUGAAAACAGGCGAAGGAAAAACUUUGGUCUCCCCUCUCGCAGCUUACUUGAACUCGUUGACCGGUCGAGGCGUUCAUGUUGUUACGGUUAAUGAUUAUUUGGCGCAAAGAGAUGCCGAGUGGAUGGGACAAAUCCAUCGCUUUCUUGGUCUAUCCGUCGGCCUUGUUCAAUCAAAUAUGCGCCCACAUGAAAGGAAGGAGGCCUACGCAUGUGACAUCACCUACUCCAAUAACGCGGAACUUGGCUUUGAUUAUCUCCGGGAUCACACAAGUGAGAAGAAGGAGGAUCUUGUCAUGCGCUGGCCGAAUCCAUUCAAUUUUGCUAUUGUAGAUGAGGUUGAUUCUGUCCUUAUUGAUGAAGGAAGGAAUCCUCUCCUUAUAAGUAGUCAGUCUAGUAAAGACGCUGCUCGAUAUCCAGUUGCCGCUGAAGUUGCGGACUUUCUGGUUGCCGAUUAUCAUUACAAGGUGGAUUGGAAGGACAAAAAUACGGAGUUGACUGAAGAAGGUGUCGCAGCAGCAGAGCUUGCUCUUGAUACUGAGGAUUUGUGGGAUGAACGAGAUCCGUGGGCUCGGUUUGUGAUAACAGCAUUGAAGGCAAAGGAGUUUCAUCAACGGGAUGUACAUUAUAUUGUCAAGGACGAGCAAGUUCAGAUUGUUGACGAGUUUACUGGUCGGGUUGUAGAAAAUAGACGCUGGUCGGAUGGAAUUCAUCAAGCGGUCGAAGCUAAGGAGGGUCUUCGAAUACAGGCGGACACCGUGACUGUUGCACAGAUCACUUAUCAGUCGUUUUUCAAACUUUAUCCUAAGCUGUCUGGCAUGACAGGCACCGCUAAAACAGAGGAAGCUGAGUUCUUAAAGAUAUACAAGAUGCCUGUAGUUGAAGUACCGACAAACUUACCAAAUAUCCGGCAGGAUCUCCCCCUACAGCUUUUUCCAGUUGCGAAGGGUAAAUGGGAGAAAGUUAGAGAAGAGGUGGAAUUUAUGUACACACAGGGACGCCCGGUAUUGGUCGGUACUACAAGUGUGGAGCAGUCGGAAUACCUAUCAGAACUUCUAAGAGAUUGGGGCAUACCUCACAAUGUUCUCAAUGCCCGGCCAAAGUAUGCGGCUAGGGAGGCUGAGAUUGUGGCCCAAGCUGGAAGAAAAUGCGCAAUCACGAUAGCAACUAAUAUGGCUGGAAGAGGCACCGACAUCAUACUAGGUGGAAAUUCUGAAAUGCUCGCCAAGGAGAUUGUUGAAAACAAUUUGAUUGGGUAUAUGACAAAUGAGGCACCUAAUAUAGAUACCGAUGGGGCUCCCUUAUCACAAAUGGCUCUGUCAAAGAUUAAGCAAAGUUCAACUUCAGUGGCUAGGAUUAAUGUGGCUACUCGCGCAGUUUCGUUUUUAUGUGGAAGAAACAAUGAGACCUGGAAUUACCGGGAGGCUAAGUCGAAGCUAGAAUCAGCACUGGACCUGGCAUCAGAGCAGGACGAGUUUGAAUUGGAGCAGCUUGCAAAAGGCGGCGGGUCCGAAAUAUCCAGUACACGGGCUUGCAUAGCACUUGCAUACAUCUCUAUCAUUCGAGAUUGUCAAGUACAUUGUCAAGAAGAAGGUGCCGAAGUAAAAAGGCUCGGUGGACUUCACGUUAUAGGGACAGCUUUGCAUGAAUCUCGUCGUGUUGAUAAUCAACUACGAGGACGAGCUGGAAGGCAGGGUGAUCCCGGGUCAACAAGAUUUAUGAUCAGCUUACAGGACGAAAUGUUUCGUAAGUUCAAUGCAGAGUGGGCUUCUAAUCUGAUUAGUAAACUAGGCCUGGAUGACAACAUUCCUAUCGAGAACCGUUCCUUUGCUAAUCGGUUGCUUGAUCUACAGAAGGCUGCUGAGCGAUACUACUUCGGUGUGCGAAAAAGUUUAGUAGAGUACGAUGAAGUAAUGGAGGUCCAGAGAAAACACGUUUACAACCUCAGGCAGGCGUUGCUCUUGGAAAGAGGCGAAUCUUGCAAAGAACGUCUUUACAGAUACAUGCAAGCCGUUGCUGAUGACAUUGUCCUUCCAUCCGUUGAUUCUUCUAAGUCUCCGAGUUCCUGGAAGCUUGAGGAUGUCCUGGAGAAAUUUCACGAUCUUUUGGAUAAAACGUUUUUGGAACUUCCUAACUACUCUGCUCCUUCGAUUGUGCUGGACAAAGUAACAGAAGAAAUGUUGAUCAAUGCUUUGGAAGACGUGCGGCAUAAACGGAAAGUCGAUCUGGAUGAUUCGGUUUUGCCGGGCUUACCACCUCUGCCAGACCAUCCUGUAGGCCUGCGUCGUAAAGCAAGUGCGAUGAAAAGAUGGUUGGAGAUCACGUCUGACGGAUCUGUCCCGGACGGCGAGUAUCAGAGAGAGGUCCAUCUUCUGCGUAAGUAUCUAGGAGACAUUUUAGUAACGACGUAUCAGGAGAAACUGAGGAGGUCGUCUUUGUCUGCUACAAAAGUUGAACAAUUAGAGAGAGUAUUGGCUGUGAAAGCUCUUGACCAGUAUUGGAGGGAUCAUCUCAUUAACAUGAAUCGCCUUCGAGCAGCGGUGAAUGUUAGAAGCUUUGGUCAUAUGAAUCCAUUGGAAGAGUACAAGAUAGAUGGCUGCCGAUUUUUCAUUGCCAUGUUAGGUGCAGCUCGGAGACUGACUGUGGAGUCUCUUCUGCAACCUUGGGUGCCGAUGGAUGAUGGCUUGGACAUUGACUUAGAUUAUAUAUAAGAGUCCCAUAAGCUCAACAGAAAUCCUAUGAAGAGUGCGAGACAUCUGCCAAGACACGACCAGCUUGCUCUUCGUCACACUGCUAUCAUGCACAUCAUAUCCCUUGCGCCUAACGAGGAUGAGGAUCUCAGUAUUUUCCUCCAGCAAAUCAUGCUUCCGUUGUGGGAAGAGCCAAACAUGAUAGUGGAGGGACAACCGCCUCAACAAGAAACCAUUUCAGGUGGAUAUUUACCUCCUAGAUAGAACUAUCUGUUCAUACUGUGAAGUAGAAGCAAUACAAGGUUGUUUCCUUGUUUCAGUGGUUGGAAUGGAUACUCUAGACCUGUUCGCUAAUAGAUCUGUACAUUUGGAAUUUAGGUCUUUAUUCAAGAAAGCUCUGUCAUAGUUGAAAUUUAAUAAUUAGACAGUUUUCAUCAUUUUCUUUCUCGACGGGAGAAAGCGGCGGUCAUGAGUAGAGCCCAUAUUGGUUACCAUGUAUAAUUGUCGCAUGUCUAAUAUCUUUACUGGAUUUUGACUAUCCUGAGGCUUUUGAUAUGCUGUGGCAAAUGAACCAGUGAAAGGGAUCAUCGAAUUGAAGUGUUGUGGUCUAUCUUUCAGUAGAUAAAAUACUUUUCGCAAAAUCCACCGCUUAAAAAAAUCAUGUUGCAUUGAUUCAAGGUCAUGAUAAUGCCCAAUAUCAAAGAAAGUUUCAGUGUUAAGAAGUUAUGUGAUCAUAUCCGCACAAA